ACGGGGCGUGGUGAUGAUUGAGAUAUCUCUCUCUCUGUCACAUACCAAAACACUAAAUUUGGUACGGAGAUCCGGUUUAGCGUGGUUUAAUGGAUCAAGCUUUGAAAUGGGGAAAAAUGAAACAGAAACCAAAUUUUCCUCACUUGUUCCUUGUUAGAGAGAGAGAGAGAGAGAGAUGGGUUACGGAUGGGCGAUCUUCGAGGGGAUACUGGUGAUGGGAUCUCUGUGUCUCCUAGGAUCGGCUGGUCUUUGGUUUCUCAACCGGAGGCUUUACAAGGAGUACGAAGAGAAACGGGCCUUGGUUCAAAUCAUUUUCAGCGUCGUCUUCGCCUUCUCUUGCAACCUCUUACAGCUCGUUCUCUUCGAGAUCAUCCCUGUCUUAUCUAGAGAGGCAAGGAUGGUAAACUGGAAGGUGGAUCUCUUUUGUUUGAUAGUGCUCCUUGUUUUCAUGUUACCGUAUUAUCAUUGCUAUUUGAUGCUUCGCAAUACUGGUGUUAGAAGGGAACGUGCUGCUGUUGGGGCCUUUUUAUUUUUGACUGCGUUCCUUUAUGCUUUCUGGCGGAUGGGAAUUCAUUUUCCUAUGCCCUCAGACAAAGGUUUUUUUUCAAUGCCUCAACUGGUCAGCAGAAUUGGGGUUAUUGGUGUGACCCUCAUGGCUGUCUUAUCGGGUUUUGGAGCUGUAAAUUUGCCUUACAGUUAUAUAUCUCUCUUCAUUAGGGAGAUUGAAGAAUCUGAAAUAAAAUCGCUGGAAAGGCAGCUGAUGCAAUCAAUUGAUACUUGCAUAGCUAAGAAGAAGAAAAUUAUUUUAUGUCAAGUGGAGGUGGAACGAAUUCAAGUAUCAGAAGAGAAUCAAAAAGGUAGGUCUUUCUUUAGAAGAUUUGUCGGGACUGUUGUGCGGUCGGUUCAAGAUGACCAAAAGGAGCAAGAUAUCAAACUAAUGGAGGCGGAGGUUGAAGGUCUAGAAGAGCUUUCAAAGCAGCUAUUCUUGGAAAUUUAUGAACUCCGCCAAGCAAAGGAUGCUGCUGCUUUUUCUCGAACUUGGAAGGGUCAUGUGCAGAACUUACUUGGCUAUGCGUGUUCCAUUUACUGUGUGUAUAAGAUGUUAAAGUCUCUUCAAAGUGUCGUUUUCAAGGAGGCAGGCACAAAAGAUCCUGUCACGAUGAUGAUCAGUAUAUUCUUGCAGUUCUUUGAUAUAGGAGUAGAUGCUGCAUUGCUCUCACAGUAUAUUUCCCUGUUGUUUAUUGGGAUGUUGAUCGUGAUAUCAGUGAGGGGAUUCUUGACGAAUCUGAUGAAGUUCUUCUUUGCAGUGUCAAGGGUAGGGAGUGGUUCUUCAAGCAAUGUUGUGCUUUUCCUAUCCGAAAUCAUGGGAAUGUACUUUUUGUCUUCCAUUCUUCUUAUAAGAAAAAGCUUGAGAAAUGAGUACAGAGGGAUAAUAACAGAUGUAUUAGGCGGAGAUAUUCAAUUUGAUUUUUAUCAUCGAUGGUUUGAUGCAAUAUUCGUGGCGAGCGCUUUUCUUUCUCUGCUUUUGCUUUCUGCGCACUACACAUCUCGUCAAAUUGAUAAGCACCCAAUUGACUAAGAGCAAGCAUCUUGUACGUACUUUCAAGGAGGAGGAAAAGAAAAAAAGAAAAAGAGUAGUCUAGUCGCCACAAUGAUUUCAUGUGGCAUUAAUUGAGAGGACUUCUUUUGUUGUUGGUUCGUUGUGUGAGGAUAUUAUUGUGGUGGUAGAGAGAAAGCUGGUAAGUGUUAGGUUCAAAAUAUAUCUGCUUCUGUUUAUAUAUAUAUUAUAAUGCAUAUGUCGACGCAGUGACGCUUUUGAUCAAACCACAUUGUAUUCCAGGAAUAGAAUUCUCAAUACUGAUA